AUGGACCCUGCCCUACGUCAGAGGACAUACAGUGACCUCACCUCUGAGAUUCUGAGCACUGAAGACUGUGAUGAGGGUCAAGCUGCAGAGCCAACAGGAGCAAGCCUGGACACAUCUCCUCCACAAAAGAAGUCAGCCAUGGCAGAACUUUUUGGAGAGACCUUUGUCAGCUUAGAGAUGGACAGCAAGAAUCCUUCUGUCAUCAUCAAAGAGGAGGUGGCCUCCUACAUGGCAGCAAGUGAGCAACAUAUUGGAAAUACCCGAGACGCGAGUCGUGCGGUCCUGGCGCCGUGGCAGCACUAUACUGACGCCAGACGAGAGCAUUUGAACACGGGGAAUACAGCAGCAGGCCCCAGGAGGACGGGAGACACAGAGCGGGCAGUGAGGGAUGGAAGUCACAUGGAUUCAGGAAGUCAUGAGAGUGCUACCUGA